AUGGAACUAUUUAAGGUUGAAGAUGUGAAAGCCCAGUUAAGUUAUGAAGUAACAUUAGCAUGUUCGUUUGAUGAUUACAUGUUUGUAUGUACUAUAGAUGGAUACAUAUAUAGAUAUCAAAUAAUUCAGGAUAAAGAAAGGAAUAGUAAUAAUAUAGAAUUAAAAUUUCUUGACAGUUGUUUAAUUAAAAAAGAUAAAAAGAUAAGUAAAAUAGUUAUAGUAGAAUGUGAUAAUACAUUUAUAUUAUUAAUUUUAAUUGAUGAUCAUAUUUAUUUUAUAAAAAAUACAAGUUUCCAUAAUUAUAAACUAAUUUCCAAAAAUAUAGACUUAUUUACAAUAAAUGAAAACAGACGAUUGGAAUUAUUAUUAUAUAGUCAAAAAAAAAAAAAAUUAUAUUUUUAUAAAUAUGUUGAUAAUAAUUACAAGCAAUAUAAAGAUAUGCAAUGUAUAGACAUUUUAACUUGCUUUUUAUGGAUAAAUAAUUCCUUAUUUUUAGUAAUAAAUAAAAAUUAUUAUUUACAAGAUUUAAAUAAUAAUAGAGUACUUUUGUAUUCUCACGAAUUUGAACAAACAUAUAAAUAUAUAACUUUAAUUAAUAUCCAUGAAAUAUUUAUUGUAUGUGAUUUAAAUAUUGGUGUAUUUUAUGAUGUUGAGACAUCUAUGCCCUCAAGAAAAAAUACAAUUAUACUACCAAGUAAUAUAGCACAAUUAAUAUCUUUCCGUUUUUUUUUAUGUUGUUUAAAUUCAAAGGGUGUACUAAACUUUUAUAAUACAAAUAAUCAACAACAUAUACAAACAAUAGAUAUACAAAAUGAAGUAAGUUUAGUAAUAAACUUUGCUAGUAUUGGAGGAAGGAAUAUGUUAGGGGAAUUACUUAACCUUGAAAAUAAUGAUGAGUAUGGUUAUGGUCCUAAUACUAAUUCAGGAUUUUCUCAUUUUGAUGAUCUAGGACAAGAUAAAAGGUCACCAAAAAAAAUGCUUAACUUUAAAGAAAUUUUAAACGAUACUAUUAUGACAAAUAUAAAAGGAAAUACAAAAAAAUAUGGAUCAAAUAUGUUAGAUAAUAAAAAUCCCAAAUAUGAAUAUAGUGAAUAUAAUAUUGAUGAAGAAAAAAUGGAAAUGGUAAAACUUUUAUCUAUGUCUGAUGAAAAUAAUUAUUUAAAAAAUUGUUUAUAUAUUAUUAAUAAUAAUUUUAUUAAAGUAAUUAAAUGGAUUGAAUUAUAUAAACAUUUACCAAAAUGUAUAGAACAAAAUAAAAUUGAAACUGGUUUUUUAUUGAUUGAAAAUAAUAAUUUUGAAAAUGAUAUGGAUAAAAUUAAUAUUUUAAAUGAAUAUAAUAAAGCAUGUGCAUAUUUUUAUUUUAAAAAAUUAAAUUUUUCACUUGCUUUUAUGCUUUUUGAAAAAGUAAAUAUUAAUAUAUUUUUCCUCUUAUCUUUUUGGGCAAAUUAUUUUAAUUAUUCACCUAAUCAAUCUGAUAAUGAAAAGGAUAGAUAUUCUUAUACUCAAGACAAAACAACUGAUAUAAAAAGUUUAGAAGAAAAUAUUAGCAAGCCAUUUAAACAAUUUUUACCAAUAAGGUGUACUAUUGAUGAAUUAAUAGAACGAGAAUAUUAUACCUACUCUCAAAAUGCCAUGAAAAAUUAUAUAGAUCCUCUUAUUAAUGAAGAUGAUAAUGAAUUUAUAGCAAAACAAAAAAUACUUAAUAUUGCUAACCUUUGCUUAAUAAAAUAUAUAUUGAAAAAGAGAGAAUUUUUUAUUGAAAAUAAAUAUGAUAUAAAAAUUGAUCGAAGUACUUGGGAAAGUAUAACAGGUACAGUAAAACAUGACAAUCAACAAGAUGGUGAAUCUGGAACUCAAUCUACAUCAACAGAUUACAUACACAUUGAUGAACUUAUUGAUAAUAUUCUUAUAAUGUUAAUGGUAAAUAAUAAUUAUAAAAAUUUUACUCAAUUUAUUAUGAAAACCCCAAAUUUAAAUUUAAAUAUAAAUGACUGUAUCCAAUAUUUAAAGGAAAAUCGUAAAUUCAUUGAAACUAUUUUAAUACACAUACGAUUUCAUAAUUUUGAUGUUGCAAUUAAAAUGUGUAUAUCAUUUUUACACUCUUACAAAUUGAAAGAAAAUAAUGAUCAGGAUGAUAUUUUUCAAAAUGAGUAUAUCGAAUGUAAAGAUAGUGAUAUGGAAUAUGAAAAAAAUGAAGAUCAAGAUAUGUGGUGGUGUAAAAUGUUAGACGAAAAAAAUUUUAAAAAUAAUAUAGAACGAAGUAAUACUUUUCAUUCGAUCCUAAAAGAAAUAUAUAAUGUUCUAAUAAUUUUAAAUGAUAAUGUUCAUUUAAUAAAUCUAGAACAAAGUGGAAUAAAAAAACUUUUUGAAUAUUCAUUCCCAUUUCUAUUAAAAUAUAAUGAAAAAUUAUUUUAUGAUUUUAUUAUAAAUAAUAAUUUGAUUUUACGACCUCAUGAAAUAUUACUUACAUUUAAAAAAUUACAAGACAUAAAAUUAAAGAAAAAAAUUAAUUACUACAUACAAAAAUAUGUAAUGAAUUAUAUAAAAUAUGAUAAAAAAAAUAAAAAUGUUAAUGCAAUUUUGCUUGAAUUGUACAUUAACGAUUCAGAAAAACCUGUACAAGUCAGGCAAAAAAAAAUAUUAAAAAUGUUACGCUCUAGCUACCCAGUUGAUACAAAUCACAUAAUUCAGAUGAUCGAAAAUAAAAAUUUUAAUUUGGCUACGGCAUUGUUGUAUGGAAGGGUCCAUAAGCAUUAUGAAAGCCUGGAAAUUCUUUGCGAUGAAGAUUUGAGAAUAUGUGAAAAGUAUUGUCACUAUUAUAGCUUCAUGUUGAAAAGUUUUGUAAAAGGAUUAAAAAAAGAAAAAUACGAAAGUAUAUUUUCUAGUAUUUACAACAAUGAUAAAACGAUAUAUCAAAAAUUGCUUAAUGAGAAACCCAAAAAUAAUGAUCAAUCAACAAAUGAUGAAUAUAAAAAAGAUGAUAAGACAAUGAAAAAGAAGAAGAAAAAAAAAAAAGAAGACAAAAUUGGCGAUGCAUUUAUUAAGGGUAUUAUUAAAGAAUAUCAUAAAUAUAGUUACAUAACAAUGAAUAAAAAUUCUUUGGAAAAAGUUAAAAAAUUAAAUAGUUUAAAUAAAAAGAAUGAUGAAAAUAUGCAGAAUAAAGAAGAACAUAUAAAAAGAGAAUAUGAUUAUAUGCUUCAUUUAAUUGGUAAUGAAAAAAAUAGUUCUAAUGAUGAUGAGAAUUAUGAUAUAACUAACUAUUAUGAUAAUAAUGAGUCAUGUAGUUAUUCUUCGCAAAAUACUGAAACCAAUGCAUCAACCAAUUGCCACCAUUUCACAGAUAUCGAAAGUGAAAAUACUACUGAUAGUUUGAAUAUAGAUUAUAGUGAUGAAAAUAAUAAUAUAAAUGUACAAGAACAAGGGUUUGGAAAAAAAAAAAAAAAAAAAAAUGACCGAGAAAUUUCUAUGAAGGGGAAAAGAUCUCAAAGUUCUAAAUCCAAAAGAAAAACUGAUAAAUACAAAAAAUUAUUAGGGAAUGUUUCCAAAAAUCAAGAUAUAGAUUUAUUGGAAUAUUUUCAUGUUUAUAAUGAAAACAACUGUAGAUCAUGCGGGUUUUUCUUUUUAUUUAUUAAAGUAUGUAUGGAUAAAUAUAAAAAUAAAAAUACAUGUGAAACAAAAAAAGAAAUAUAUAAAAAUUAUAUAAUCUAUAUUUUAAAUAAAUAUGCAAAUCAUAAUGAUUUAAAUAAUAUAUAUAUAUUUAAAAUGAUACCUGAAAAUUGGAAAAUAUCAAAAAUAUCAAAUUAUAUCAAUUUUUAUUUGCGAAAAAAAUUAAACACACAAACUAACCUUGAAAUAUAUCACAACCUUAUAAAGAGUAGUUACUUAAAUGCUACUUAUAAUCUUAUCAAAAAAAAAGAAGAAAAAAUUCUUAUACAGGAUAGCAUAAUUUGCAACGUUUGCAAUAGUCCUAUUGAAGAAAAGGAAUUUGUUUAUUUCUCAGAAACUGUUGUAUUACAUAUAAAAUGUGUAUGCAAAUAUAAUCCUCCCCAAUUGACAUAA